CAAUGCAUUUUGUCCAAGUGCAGGUGCCAUAUAAUGACGUCAUUAGAAGGAACAGGACCUCCAGCAGAUCUGAUAGCUACACCAGCUCCGAUCUAACCGAACACAGACCCAGUACAGCAGGUGUCCCGGCUCAGACUGAGCUGUGGACCUGCUCCAUAUCUCAGAGAACCAUCGGAAUCCCACACGGUUUAGGGCUGAAGCUGCAUCCGGUCGAGUCACAGGAGUUGGAGACGCAUCGGACAGAGCGAGAGAGAGAAAUGGCACAAGAAAAAAUAAAUUCAGUCAAGUCCCUUAAAGCGACACCUUUUGAGCGGAGAACUUAUCAAGAGAAGCUGGAGGUGAAGGCUCUUGGUCCUGAUAAGCCGAACAUCAAUAUUAACCAGCUGUCCAACGACAAAGGGAGACGGUACACUCGUUCUUUUUCCAGGACCUGGUUUAGCAAGAAGUCUUGGCUAACAGCAUGCACCGAGGCUAAUGCUUUAUUCUGCUUUCCCUGCCUCGUUUUUCAAACAUCAGGAUCUGACCAGGCAUGGAUAAAAACUGGUAUUACUGAUUUACAACACUUUUCAGAAAGGGCAAAGAAGCAUGAACAAUCUGGUAUCCACAUGGAAAAUGCACUGCAACUAGCCAUGUUUGGGAAAAUAAAAAUUUCAUCCCAGCUUGAUGAAGGAUACAUGGUAGGGAUUCGCAAACACAAUGAGGAGGUUGACAAAAACCGCCACAUCUUAUCAAAAAUAAUUGACUGUGUCAAAUUCUAUAGUGCAUUUGAGCUUGCCUUGCAUGGCCAUGAUGAAAGUGAGAGCUCAGAAAACCCAGGUGUUUUUAGAGGAUUGGUGGAUUUUGUAGCAUCACUGGAUGCAGUUCUUCACCAGCACCUGCAGAAUGCCACUGUGUUCAAGGGAAUGUCUAAGACAGUACAGAAUGAACUCCUUGACUGCAUGCUGUCAAUUUUAAGAGAGUGCAUCCUUGAAGAAAUCAGGAGUGCAGACUUUGUCUCCAUCCAGGUUGAUGAAAGAAUGGACAUUUCCACUCAGUGUCAGCUGGUGCUUGUGAUCCGCUACAUUGACAAAGCCCAUCAUGUCCAAGAACGUUUUUUUGAGUUCAUACCUCUCCAAAGUGCCACAGCUGAUUCAAUCACCACAGCACUUCUGGAUAGCUUGAGUUCCAUUUUCCCUGAUGACCAGAGAAGCAAGCUCAUUUCCCAAGCUUACGAUGGUGCAAGUGUCAUGAGAGGUGCUACAGGUGGUGUACCGAAGAAGAUCAAGGAAGUCUAUGUGAAUGCACACUAUGUCCACUGCUAUGCUCACCAACUUAACCUCAUCAUGCAGCAGGUGACAUCCCACAUCCCAAGAGUGAGUCAUUUCUUCUCAGACCUGGCUGGAUUAUCUGGCUUUUUUUUAAGAUCUCCAAAGAGAACCUGUGUGCUUGAUAGAGUGGUGGCUCACAGACUCCCCGGAGCAAGCACAGUGAAGUGGAACUUCAACAGCCAAAAUGUGAGCACUGUUUUUGAACAUAAAGAAGACCUGCUCCAGUGUUUUGAAACCAUCAGGGACUCAGGAGAGUUUGAUCCAACCACUGUGAGAGAAGCUGGAGGAUUUGUGAGGCUACUGGAGGAUGAUUGUUUCAGCUUCUUCCUGAAGCUGUUCCAUCAUAUCAUGAGUCAAGUGGACAUUCUCUACAGUCAGCUUCAGAAGAGGACCAUCAACUCAGUCUUUGUUCAGAAGGUCAUGCAGCAGUUCACAGAUGGUAUACAAAAGAUCAGAGAUUCCCUUCCAGUGUUCUGUGAAGAACACUGUGGCAGUGUGUCUCAACUGGCCAAGAGAUGCCGCACACUGGGCCCAGGUGAUCUUGAGAGGAUAGCCACAGAGAUUUGUGACACCAUAUUGGAGCAUUCAAAUCAGAGGUUUGCAUUCACAAAUCAUCUGGUCAGUGCUACACUGCUGCAUGCAGACAGAUUCCUGGAGUACCACAGGCAGUUCCCUGAUGCUGCACUAAACACCAUCAUUGAGGCUUACCCACUGCUCAACAAGAACAAACUGAAAACUGAGCUGGCUCUGAUCUACAGCAAUGCUGGGUUCAGGAGGUGCAGUGGUGCUGUGGCUCUGUACCAGUUCUUCAUGAGGAACGAUCUACAGGACAUCUUCUCAGAGACUGUGGCUCUGCUGAAGAUCCUCAUCACAACUCCCAUGACCACAGCUGAAUCUGAGAGGUGCUUCUCAACACUGAAGAGGAUCAAGACCUUCCUCAGGAACACAAUGUCACAGGACCAUCUCAAUGCCCUGGCCAUGGUCUCUAUGGAGAAGAACCUUAUUAAAACCAUCCCUGACUUCAACCACAGAGUCAUUGAGAAAUUUGCUUCUCUCAAUGACAGAUUGGCAACAUUCAUGUACAAAAAAUGA